UGCCCUGGGGUGCAUCAUGCUGCUGGUACAGAAGAUACUGGAGCAGGAGUGUGUGUGACAGACAGUAGUGAUUCCUGCAUGCACCAUGUAUUUUAUUGUCUGAGUUUGUUGUGUGGGGACCUGCUUGAGAGACAGGUACAGAGCAGCCUCUCAGCUGGGACCUGUUUUGACUUCUUGUGCCUGUCACUUGCUGUGGAGUAGAAAGUCUUUUUUCGAAAGAUGUUUUUGGGGUUGCUUUUUCAAGACAGGCUCAGUAGAACUCAAAGCACAUAUGGCCCAAAAUAACCCCAGUUUCAAACACAGCUGCCUUCCAGCUAUUCCUACCUGUGCCUUUCUUUUCCUUGCCACUGGAUAGCAUGUUAUCAGAAUUGCAAACAUAGCUUGUACUUCAACAUAAUUCACAGGGCUAGGGCUUCUACAGCUCUAUUUAUGACGUGUGCAGCAGUAGUAAAACAUUUUCCAGUACUUCUAGAAGACUUCAAUUCUUUCUGUGAGGUACUUAGUCCGUUUCUCUGAGAGUUAAAAGGGCAGGCAGUAAGAGGACUCUGUUUUCUGUUUGAAGGAUACUGAGGCACGGAAGUCUGGUGAGAAGCGUAACAGUCAGCCUGAAAAUGUAAUUUUGAGCUAUUCCUGAGUUUCUGAGACUAAAGAAGUUUGUCAGAAGGGAGUAUGGUUUUGUGCAGGCUUCAACACCAACAUGCAAACAAUAGGACUCUGGAGACAGAAUUUCUGAACUACAGGAAUGGAGACCAGUCAUCUACAGAAAGUGCACAGACACUCUCUGGCUGCUCCUCUUCUGUCUUUUCUGGGCUGGUUUGAUGUUUAUAAGUGGCUAUGCUGUGGUGGCUGGUGCUGCAGAAAGGCUCGUGCUUGGAUAUGACAGCUUUGGGAACGUAUGUGGUCGGAAGAACACUCCUGUAGAAGGGGCAAAUCUUUCUGGAUUGGAUAUGACUAAUAAAAAGUAUGUAUUCUUUCUGAAUUCAUGCAGCCUGGAAAUACAAAGCCUCAAAAUCAGUUCACUUUCCUUGUGUGUGUCAAGUUGUCCACAACAGCAACUCAACUCUUUGGAAGAUCUCCAGAGUUUUGCAAGGAAUAAUGGUUCUUUUCUUUGCAUUUACAACCUGAAUGUUUCCAAUUACACACUAAAUCCAAAGGCAGCUCAGCUGUGUCCUACACUGCCAGUUCCACCAAGUAAGUCCUUUCCAUUGUUUAAUCGAUGUGUUCCACAAAAUCCUGAAUGCUAUUCCAAAUAUGCAUCUGUCCUAAUACAUAUGGUUAAUGAAAUGGAUGUUUUUCACCGAAUUCUGAGUGGAAUAUUGGCAGGAAGAGAUACUGUGAUAGGACUGAGUGUCCUUGCACUAGCCUUCUCUUUGAUACUGGUUUUAGCCUUCAGAUUCAUUCAGACCCUCCUCAUCCAUACUCUGAUUGCGCUGGUUGUAUUCGGGUUGCUGUUUGUCUCAGGUGUUCUCUGGUGGCUCCAUUACGACUACAGGAGUGACCCCAGCACUGAACUGGAAACAGAAAAGGAAAAUGCAAAGUUUCUACUUGGAUAUGCCAUCUUCUCAACAAUAGUUACUGUUGUUCUGCUCUCCCUUAUACUUGUACUAAGAAAGAGGCUUCAGCUUGCUGUACAGCUCUUUCGAAUUGUUGGUAAAAUCAUUGGCAGAAUUCCUUUCCUCCUCUUCCAGCCAUUCUGGACCUUUCUGAUUCUCGUUGUGUUCUGGGUAUUUUGGGUUGCUGUACUACUUAGCUUAGGAACUGCAGGUUCUGCACAGUCCACUUCAGGAGGACAAGUAGAAUACAGAGCUCUGUCUGGAAUUUGCUACAUGGCAUGGUAUCAUUUUGUUGGCCUUAUCUGGAUUAGUGAAUUCAUUCUUGCCUGUCAGCAAAUGGUGAUUGCUGGGGCAGUGGUUACUUGUUACUUCAACAGAAAUAAAAAUAGCCCACCACCUCAUCCAGUGCUGUCUUCCAUAUCAGUUCUUUUCUGCUACCAUCUAGGAACUGCUGUAAAAGGCUCAUUUCUAAUCACAAUACUGAGAAUACCAAGGAUUGUUCUCUUGUACCUUUACAGUAUCCUAAACCAAAAGAAGAAUGCAAAGUGCCUGUUCAACUGCUGUUUCUGCUGCGUUUGCUUCCAGGAAAGUUGCUUAAGAUACUUUAACCAGCAUGCAUACACAACUACAGCCAUAAAUGGGACAAAUUUUUGUACAUCAGCAAAGGAUUCUGUCUGUUUUUUGGCAAGGAAUUCUGCUAAACUGGCAUCCAUUAGCUGUUUUGGAGAUUUUCUCCUGUUUUUAGGAAAGGUGUUUGUUGUAUGCUUUACUGUUUUUGGAGGAUUGAUGGCAUUUAACUACCACCGGGAGUUGCAAGUUUGGGUAGUUCCUCUGUUGCUGGUUGGAUUUUUUGCCUACCUGAUAUCCCACAGCUUUCUGUCUGUGUUUGAAGUGACAGCAGAUGCCAUGUUCCUUUGCUUUGCUAUUGAUAUGGAAACAAAUGAUGGAACUGCAGAGAAGCCAUACUUCAUGGAUCAGGAGUUGCUGACCUUUGUGAGUCAGAGUAACAAGUUAGCAGAAGGGCGAGAACACAGAAACACGAGACCAUUCCAGGAUAAUGAAGAUGGGACAGAGCUCCAGCCUAUGACAUGAAUGUGAAGAACACCAGGAAGUGUGGAAGCAGAGCAGCAAUAGCAAAAAUGGUCAUAUCAGUAACGAUUACCAAUACCCCAGGAUAAAGUAUUGGUUCUUUAAAUCUGUUGUAUCUUCUGCACUGGUAAAAUGACACACAGUCUGUUUGUAUGAAUAAAAUAUUUUAUGUGUCAUCACAUCUGAUUUUUAUACCUAUGCUUGUUAUGAUGGUCAGAAAGUUGAUAAUAAACUCACUCUUUGUAAAUUUCUAUGUUGUCAGACUAAAUUAGUAAGUCAAAAAGGUCAUGGACCUAACAUGAUUUUCUCAGGCUUCUCUGGGAAUGCUGUGCCAGUCAUCCCUAGAACAGUAAAUGCAGAAACAUUUGUAGAGGAGGCACUCUGAGAUGACUGUUUUGAUUUAUUCUACAUAUCUGAACAGCGAAUUAAGGAACAGACUGAGCUCACUGAUGGAAAUUACCCUUGAUAGAAAUUCUCUGUAGUCAAUAUAAUUAGUGGUUAUGAAGUAGGUGUCUUUAUUUUAAUUAUACUCUUUUGGGAAUGUUUUUUACAAGCUCAUAUCAUUAACUGUCCAUCUCCUCUCUGAAGGGCAGAUGAGAAAUAGCCCUUCCUUCCUUCCUUCCUUCCUUCCUUCCUUCCUUCCUUCCUUCCUUCCUUCCUUCCUUCCUUCCUUC